AUGAUGAUCAGCGAACCAGAUCACUCCACAACAAACAGCUUUGCUGCACUAACGGUCACGCAAUCUCAAAUUUCUGUUAAUCGUACCUCCAUUCCCUACUAUCGAAUCCAUCCGGGUCGGAAUAGGUUCGGCUGUGGUGGACAUUGUGUACUUAGUCGUCGACUUUGUUUAUUUUACGUUACGCUUUUUCUUCUCUUCUCUAUUAGUGGAGUCUUUUUUGCUUUCGAUGCUCGAUACCUCUCAGUAACUCUGAGUCCUGCCGUUCCUGCUGUGGGUGCUGUACUUUUUAUUUUUACUUUCUGCGUUUUACUUCGAGUCAGUUGCUCGGACCCUGGAAUUCUACCCCGUGCUACGCCUGCUGAAGUUUUGGUCUUUGAAGAGGAACUGGCAAAUCAGCCUGACCGUCCAUCCCAACCCUCCACAAUUCCAAGUAAAGAGAUUCAAAUUUGUGGGGUACCGUACAAUCAAGUCUACUGCCACACCUGCCGCUUAUAUCGACCUCCCAGAACUUCCCAUUGUUCAGUCUGUGAUAAUUGCAUUGGUGAGUUGCCUACUCAUACAUUCAGUAGUAUAUUCUACCGAUGCUCUGAAUUUGGCGGCAUGGCCUCUAAUAGUGCUUGA